AUGAUGUUCACUGAAAUCUUCUUAGUAUUUCUAAUAGCUCUUUUCAUUAUCAAAACUUUUAAUUCAAGGUACACCGUUACACUGACGUUGGAUGUUUCUAUUGUUCACAAGACUGAGUUUGUCAAGAAGAGAGAAUAUACAUUUGAUUCAGUUCCUAUAGAAGAGCCCAUUUUCAGGAAUCAAACAGUUUUGUAUUCCCCUAUAAAAAAACAAUAUUUCCAAGAAGCACUGGUAGAGAAAAUAUAUGAAGCCAUAACAACUUCCGUUCUCCGCACAAUAUCUUCACUGAAGUUAGCCCAUUGGCAUUAUAAGUUGGGGGCCAAAUCAAAUAAAGCCAAGGAGAAAUCCACUAUUCAAGAUACAAGAAAAGAGUCUGAUCUUUUUGAUUUUAAGAAUGGAUCAAUAGAUGAGGUGUUAGAUCAUUAUUCGAUUGUACAGGUAUAUCUGGACAUGGCAAAAUUAAGAAAGGAAAAUCUCAGGACUUCGAUUAUAAAACUUUAG